GGACGUAUCCUUGCGCCGCUGCGUGAGAGGAAGAGGCUGAAUGAGGAGCGGCGCGGGGGAAGCGGGGCGCCGGGGGAGGAGGUGGCGGGAUGGGAGCAGACGCUGGCGUCGCGCGAGCCCGGGGCAGAGCGGCGCGCUAGAGAGGGCGGUGGCGGCGGCGCGCGCGGAGCCUUGACGUGCCCCUUUCUUUCUUCUCUCUCUGGAAAGCUGGAAGCAUGAGCGUGCAGACGUGCCGCUGCGGCGGCCGCCCCGGCUCCUCGCCUCCCCCUCUUCUGGCCGCCCCUCGCCGGUGAGAGAAGAGAGCGCGAGAAGGGAAGAUGGGGGCCGUCCUGAGGAGCCUCCUGGCCUGCAGUUUCUGUGUGCUCCUGAGAGCGGCCCCUUUGUUGCUCUACGCAAACAGACGGGACUUACGAUUGGUUGAUGCUACGAAUGGCAAAGAGAAUGCUACAAUUGUCGUUGGAGGCUUGGAGGAUGCAGCUGCGGUGGACUUUGUGUUUGGUCAUGGCUUGAUAUACUGGAGUGAUGUCAGCGAAGAAGCUAUUAAACGGACAGAGUUUAACAAAACUGAGAGUGUACAGAAUGUUGUUGUUUCUGGAUUAUUGUCCCCUGAUGGGCUGGCAUGUGAUUGGCUUGGAGAAAAAUUAUACUGGACAGAUUCUGAAACUAAUCGGAUUGAAGUUUCAAAUUUAGAUGGAUCUUUACGAAAAGUUUUAUUUUGGCAAGAGUUGGAUCAACCCAGAGCUAUUGCCUUAGAUCCUUCAAGUGGGUUCAUGUACUGGACAGACUGGGGAGAAGUACCAAAGAUAGAACGUGCUGGAAUGGAUGGUUCAAGUCGCUUCAUUAUAAUAAACACUGAAAUUUACUGGCCAAAUGGACUAACUUUGGAUUAUGAGGAACGGAAGCUUUAUUGGGCAGAUGCAAAACUUAAUUUCAUCCACAAAUCAAAUCUGGAUGGAACAAAUCGGCAGGCAGUGGUUAAAGGUUCCCUGCCGCAUCCUUUUGCCUUGACGUUAUUUGAGGACACAUUGUACUGGACUGACUGGAAUACACACUCCAUUUUGGCUUGCAACAAGUAUACUGGCGAGGGUCUGCGUGAAAUCCAUUCUAACAUCUUCUCUCCCAUGGAUAUACAUGCCUUCAGCCAACAGAGGCAGCCAAAUGCUACAAAUCCAUGUGGAAUUGAUAAUGGUGGUUGUUCCCACUUGUGUUUGAUGUCUCCAGUCAAGCCUUUUUAUCAGUGUGCUUGCCCAACUGGGGUCAAACUCCUGGAAAAUGGAAAGACCUGCAAGGAUGGUGCCACUGAAUUAUUACUAUUAGCCCGAAGGACAGAUUUGAGGCGUAUUUCUUUGGAUACACCAGAUUUCACAGACAUUGUUCUACAGUUGGAAGACAUCCGUCAUGCCAUUGCCAUAGAUUAUGAUCCUUUGGAAGGCUAUAUCUACUGGACUGAUGAUGAAGUGAGGGCCAUACGCCGCUCAUUCAUAGAUGGAUCUGGUAGUCAGUUUGUGGUCACCGCUCAAAUUGCACAUCCUGAUGGUAUUGCUGUUGACUGGGUUGCCCGAAAUCUUUAUUGGACAGACACUGGCACUGAUCGAAUAGAAGUGACAAGGCUCAAUGGGACCAUGAGGAAGAUCUUGAUUUCAGAGGAUUUAGAGGAACCCCGGGCUAUUGUGUUAGAUCCCAUGGUUGGGUACAUGUAUUGGACUGACUGGGGAGAAAUCCCAAAAAUUGAGCGAGCAGCUCUGGAUGGUUCUGACCGAGUAGUGUUGGUUAACACUUCUCUUGGUUGGCCAAAUGGUUUAGCCUUGGAUUAUGAUGAAGGCAAAAUAUACUGGGGAGAUGCCAAAACAGACAAAAUUGAGGUUAUGAAUACCGAUGGCACUGGGAGACGAGUACUAGUGGAAGAUAAAAUUCCUCACAUAUUUGGAUUUACUUUACUGGGUGACUAUGUUUACUGGACUGACUGGCAGAGGCGUAGCAUCGAAAGAGUACACAAACGAAGUGCAGAGAGGGAAAUCAUCAUAGAUCAGCUCCCUGACCUUAUGGGCCUAAAGGCCACAAAUGUUCAUCGAAUCAUUGGUUCCAACCCCUGUGCUGAGGAAAAUGGGGGAUGUAGCCAUCUUUGCCUCUAUAGACCUCAGGGCCUUCGCUGUGCCUGCCCCAUUGGCUUUGAACUCAUCAGUGACAUGAAGACUUGCAUUGUCCCAGAGGCUUUCCUUUUGUUUUCACGGAGAGCAGAUAUCCGGCGAAUAUCUUUGGAAACUAACAAUAACAAUGUGGCCAUUCCACUUACUGGUGUCAAAGAAGCUUCUGCUUUGGAUUUUGAUGUGACAGACAACCGAAUUUACUGGACUGAUAUAUCACUCAAGACCAUCAGCAGAGCCUUUAUGAAUGGCAGUGCACUGGAACAUGUGGUAGAAUUCGGCUUAGAUUAUCCAGAAGGCAUGGCAGUAGACUGGCUUGGGAAGAACUUGUACUGGGCAGACACGGGAACGAAUCGAAUUGAGGUGUCAAAGUUGGAUGGGCAGCACAGACAAGUUUUGGUGUGGAAAGACCUAGAUAGUCCCAGAGCUCUUGCAUUGGACCCUGCUGAAGGAUUUAUGUAUUGGACUGAAUGGGGUGGAAAACCUAAGAUAGACAGAGCUGCCAUGGAUGGAAGUGAACGCACUACAUUAGUUCCAAAUGUGGGCCGGGCAAAUGGCCUGACUAUUGAUUAUGCUAAAAGGAGGCUUUAUUGGACAGACCUAGACACCAAUUUAAUAGAAUCUUCAAAUAUGCUUGGACUCAACCGUGAAGUUAUAGCAGAUGACUUGCCUCAUCCUUUUGGCUUAACUCAGUACCAAGAUUACAUCUACUGGACGGACUGGAGCCGACGCAGCAUUGAGCGUGCCAACAAAACCAGUGGCCAAAACCGCACCAUCAUUCAGGGCCACUUGGAUUAUGUGAUGGACAUCCUCGUCUUUCACUCCUCUCGGCAGGCAGGGUGGAAUGAGUGUGCUUCCAGCAAUGGGCACUGCUCCCACCUCUGCUUGGCUGUGCCAGUUGGAGGUUUUGUUUGCGGAUGCCCUGCCCACUACUCUCUUAAUGCUGACAACAGGACUUGUAGUGCUCCAACUACUUUCCUGCUCUUCAGUCAAAAGAGUGCCAUCAACCGCAUGGUGAUUGAUGAACAGCAAAGCCCUGACAUCAUCCUUCCUAUCCACAGCCUUCGGAAUGUUCGGGCCAUUGACUAUGACCCACUGGACAAGCAGCUCUAUUGGAUUGACUCACGACAGAACAUGAUCCGGAAAGCACAAGAAGAUGGCAGUCAGGGCUUUACUGUGGUUGUGAGCUCGGUUCCAAAUCAGAACCUAGAAAUACAACCCUAUGACCUCAGCAUUGAUAUUUAUAGCCGCUACAUCUAUUGGACUUGUGAGGCCACCAAUGUCAUUAAUGUAACAAGAUUAGAUGGGAGAUCCAUUGGAGUGGUGCUAAAAGGCGAGCAAGACAGACCUCGAGCCAUUGUGGUAAACCCGGAGAAAGGCUAUAUGUAUUUUACCAAUCUUCAGGAAAGGUCUCCAAAAAUUGAACGGGCUGCUUUGGAUGGAACAGAACGGGAAGUCCUCUUUUUCAGUGGCUUAAGUAAACCAAUUGCUUUAGCCCUUGAUAGCAGAUUGGGCAAGCUCUUUUGGGCUGAUUCAGAUCUCCGGCGAAUUGAAAGCAGUGAUCUCUCAGGUGCCAACCGGAUAGUGUUAGAAGACUCUAAUAUCUUGCAGCCUGUGGGACUGACUGUGUUUGAAAACUGGCUAUAUUGGAUUGAUAAGCAGCAGCAAAUGAUUGAAAAAAUUGACAUGACAGGUCGAGAGGGUAGAACAAAAGUCCAGGCUCGAAUUGCCCAGCUUAGUGACAUUCAUGCAGUGAAGGAGCUGAACCUUCAAGAAUAUAGACAGCACCCUUGUGCUCAGGAUAACGGUGGCUGUUCACAUAUUUGUCUUGUAAAAGGAGAUGGUACGACAAGGUGCUCUUGCCCCAUGCACUUGGUUCUGCUUCAAGAUGAGCUAUCAUGUGGAGAACCCCCAACAUGUUCUCCUCAGCAGUUUACUUGUUUUACGGGAGAAAUUGACUGUAUCCCUGUGGCUUGGAGGUGCGAUGGGUUUACUGAAUGUGAAGACCACAGUGAUGAGCUCAACUGUCCUGUAUGCUCAGAGUCCCAGUUCCAGUGUGCCAGUGGGCAGUGUAUUGAUGGUGCCCUCCGAUGCAAUGGAGAUGCAAACUGUCAGGAUAAAUCAGAUGAGAAGAACUGUGAAGUGCUUUGUUUAAUUGAUCAGUUCCGCUGUGCUAAUGGUCAGUGCAUUGGAAAACACAAGAAAUGUGAUCAUAAUGUGGAUUGCAGUGACAAGUCAGAUGAACUGGAUUGUUAUCCAACUGAGGAGCCAGCACCACAGGCCACCAAUACAGUUGGUUCAGUUAUUGGAGUAAUUGUCACCAUUUUUGUGUCUGGAACCAUAUACUUUAUCUGCCAGAGGAUGUUGUGUCCACGUAUGAAGGGAGAUGGAGAAACCAUGACUAAUGACUAUGUAGUUCACGGACCAGCUUCUGUUCCCCUUGGUUAUGUGCCACACCCCAGUUCUUUGUCAGGAUCUCUUCCAGGAAUGUCUCGAGGUAAAUCAAUGAUCAGCUCGCUCAGUAUCAUGGGAGGAAGCAGUGGACCCCCUUAUGAUCGCGCUCAUGUCACAGGAGCAUCAUCAAGUAGUUCUUCAAGCACCAAAGGCACUUACUUUCCUGCAAUUUUGAACCCUCCGCCAUCCCCAGCUACAGAACGAUCACAUUACACUAUGGAAUUUGGUUAUUCUUCAAACAGUCCUUCUACUCAUAGGUCCUACAGUUACAGACCCUACAGUUACCGGCACUUUGCACCCCCCACCACACCCUGCAGCACAGAUGUCUGUGACAGUGACUAUGCUCCCAGCCGGAGAAUGACCUCAGUGGCAACAGCCAAGGGCUACACUAGUGACUUGAACUAUGACUCAGAGCCUGUGCCCCCACCUCCCACACCCCGAAGCCAAUACUUGUCGGCAGAAGAGAACUAUGAAAGCUGCCCACCCUCUCCGUACACAGAGAGGAGCUACUCUCACCAUCUCUACCCACCGCCCCCUUCUCCGUGUACAGACUCCUCCUGAGGAGGGGCCCUCCUCCUCUGACUGCCUCCAACGCGAAAAUGUAAAUACACAUGUGGUUGAGAUCUGGAGGGGGGGAGGGAGCUAUUAGAGAAGGAUGAGGCAGACCAUGUACAGUUAAAAAUUAUAAAUGGGGUAGGGAAUACUGGAGAUAUUUGUACAGAAGAAAAGGAUAUUUAUAUAUUUUCUUAAAACAGCAGAUUUGCUGCUUGUGCCAUAAAAAUUUGUAUAAAAAAUAAAUUUGUACUAAAAAUUUUAUUUUUGCAAACUAAAUACACAAAGCAUGCCUUAAACCCAGUGAAGUGACUGAGUACAAAGGAAACAGGAAUAAUAAAGGCAUCACUGACCAGGAAUGUCUGGGCUUUAUUGAUACCAAAAAAAAAAGAAGCAAUUAAGUUCAUCUUAGAACAGCAAACCAUAGAUACUUGGAAGUAGCCAAAUACUCUUUGUGUUAACUAAGAUUUGAGGGCCAACAAGUUUAAGAAAUCAUUAAAGAAAAAAAAGAAAUUAAUACUAACUUUGGAUAAAGGGCUUUGUUUUCUCUAGGAAGCCAACAAUUUUAGCAAGGAAAAUUAAUAUUUAUAAAAAUCCAUUCUGGGCGUCACUGUUGUAGGAGAGAUCAGCUGUCUGGUAAGAUUCUGUGGGGCAUUUCUGUCCCUACCUUAGAACCCACACCUCAUCAAGAAGUAAUUUUUUCUCUAGGUGUUUCACCUUGCUUCCUCCCCCAGCAGCUUUGUAGGCCAUUUUGCCAAGAUAUCAUGAUUUAUUCAAAGCUUUUUAUCUGAGGAGUGAUUAAAUGGAAUUUUCGAAAUUAAAGUUUCAUUUUACUAUUUCUACUAGCUCCAUUCCCCAGUAGGCUUAGCUCUUCAAUUUGACUGCUGUUUUUGCGUAAUGAUCAAAGGUUAGACAUAUUAUUGCUCCUCUUUACUUCUAAGAUUGUUUUAAUGCUCAUUAAAGUGUUACAGCAUUUUACAACACAUGUAGACAGUGUUUAAAAAUUACAAAUUUAACCAUUGUGUUUUUAUUGUAAAUUAAUCAUAUAUCCUUGCAGUACUUUCAGCAUAUAAUAUCACAGUAUGAAAUCAUUUUUAUAUAUAUAUUUUUUCUAAUAAAACAUUUAAAUAUGUUCCGGUUAGAGACAAUCUAUUUAAAAAGAGAAUUUUUUGUUAUCAUUAGGUUUUCCCUUUAUUAACUGUUUGUGACAUUUUCAUGUUCUUUAGGCCAAUUUUUCUCUGAAUGAUAUCUACAUACAUACCUCUUCUAAUGUGUGACGUGAGUUUAAUAUCUUUCUGUUACCUAAUGUGAAUGUUAGAUUGUUUUCAAAUUAUCCACAAAUUAUUCUUAUAAUCACCUCUUAUAUAUUUUUAUGUGUGUUCUCUCUUAUCCUAUUAUGGAUUAAGAUGAUUUAACAAAUUUGACAAUGUGGGUUAAGUGAGAAGGCAAACUAUUAACUUCUCAGUUGUCAGAACUUGGGUGGAGGGGAAUAAUGGAAGGCUCUUCUGUAACCUGACCCAACCUGCACCUGCACAGUACUGGGGCUGCUACAUCUUCAGCUAUUAGGGCUGACCUGUGGAAUGAUUCUAGCACUGCUCUGCCACCUUGCCGGAAGUUAUUUUCCUACUUUUUACGUGUUUCCAGCACUUCUCUGCUAAAAUUGAAUGUGUUUUUAAACUAAUGUAUUUUUACCUUAACAGAUGUUGGUGAGUUAUUAAACGAUUGUUUUUCUUUUU